AUGGAGCAAGUUGAGGAACUGUUGAAGAACAUCACCGAAGACAAAGAGGCGGUUGCGAAUAUGAAGAAACUUGAAACGAUUGUCUCAGACCAACAAAAUACACAGGGGAAGGCAUUUUUGAUCCAAAAGGGAUUCAUCGAGUUUGCGAGUCAACGAUUGGCGAAUUAUAAAGAACUGCGGAGAGAAUAUAUCAGCGGGAUGUGCUGCUUACUUAUUGCUGUUUUAACGUACAGCGAGAUGGCGAAGAAAAAGAUGGUGAUGAAUGGAGUCUGCGACACAGUGUGUAAAAUCAUACAUGGAGUGAAGUAUAAAGACGCAGAGAUGACGGAUAUGACGCUCAACGACUUGAUCCGAUUGUGUUGGGGAGUGAUGACGGUGUCGGACUUUACAAGUCGAAGGAAAAUCAUAACUAAAAAGAACGUGAAGGAUGUGCUGAGCUCGUUUUCAAGGAUUUGUAGAGACACGACGGCGAGUGUUGCUAUAGAAAUGAUGGCGGCGAUUAGUAUAGAUGAUGCGUGUAUUGUCUUGUUCCGCAGCGCACACAUGAUAGAGGAGUGUCUUCAGCUGGCGUUGAGAUAUAAAGAGUCGAAGAGUGUGACGAAGGCGAUUGGGAUGUUUAUAGCGAAUACGAUAUACUCUGAGGACGAGUAUUCUAUUGGGAAGCAGUUUGAUGUAGUCAAGAUCUUGUAUGAUGGUGUGAACACUUUUGGGGAUGACGAAGAAGUUUUAGAGCAGCUGAUCUGUGGUAUUCGCUCCGUAUCAAAUGCGAGUGAGGAGGCUAAAAAGACUUUAUUAGAUAAUGGGGUGUAUGUGAAACUCCUCAAAUGUGGGAGAGGGAAAGGCUAUAAAACAGAAGAGCGACUUAUGAAUAUGAUAGGGAUCAUUACACGAGAUAAAACCAUUACACAGCACCUUAUUAGCAACGGAUGUAUUGAUUUCAUCUAUAAUGAACUGAAAGAUGUGAAUGAAAAGAACGCGGAGAAUGAAACAAUAGUGAAAAAAAGUCUUCCAAUGGUCAAAAAUCUGUUGGGGGUGUUGAUGAAUGUGUGUUUUGAGGAGGAGUGGAUCACAAAGGUCUUUGAUAAAGACAUUGCGGGGGAGCUCCACCGAAUAGCAAUGAAAACGAUUGAUAACAAACAAAUCCAAACAUCGAUCUGCUGCAUAGUACAGUGUUUAGCGAUAGAUAAAACGAGUGGGAAGAAAUUAUUAGCGAGUGGAUUAGUGAAAGAUGUCGUUGUAGGGUUUGAAAGGCACUUGAAGAAGAAGGAAGUUGCGAUGAGUGCGAUCAGCGCGUGUAUCAAUUUGGCACAAGACCAAGAGUGUGCCAAAGCCUUAGUGGAGUUUGGGGUAGUGGACAAGUUCCGAGUCUUGAAUGACCGAUUUCCGGAUAAGCCGAAUUUGACGAAGAAGAUGAUCACCGCAGUGAUGAAUAUAUUAAUAGAUGACACGGCAUUGACGUAUGUGAGUGAAGUGACGAUGCCGCUCAUAGAAAAGAUAGUGAAAGAGAACCCCACUGACGUUGAAAUUGAGUUAAAAAGUCUCUCGUGUUUAGUAUCGAUUGUGAAAAUAGAGAAGAACGUUGAAGUUCUCAGCGGGAUUGGUCGUAUAUUUGACGCAUUAAAUGUGAAGGACAAACAAGUGAAUACGAAGAUGAUUCAAGUGAUCUGUUCAUUGUCCUCGAACAAAGAAUUGUCACAGAAGGUGGUGGAUGCUAAAAUGGUUGAGUUUUUAGUUGCAAAUGCGAAUGAGCAAAUUCGAGUGAAGGAAGUGGUGAUUAACACUAUCGCCUGCUUUAUGAACUUCUCAUGCUCUAUACCACUCCACGACAAGUUGGCAAUUCCUCCGGUAUUCAAACUUCUUGGAAAAGCCGCGGAGGAACAUUGUAAUGAGAAACGAAUUAUUUGCUCCAUUGCAAGUACAACAAAGAAUCUGAGUAUAUCUGAUAUCGGCAGAAAGUCCAUUGCAGCGUCGAGAUUUUACACGACACUUGUCGAUAUCUUAUCGAAACAUAAAUCAGACGAAGACGUGUUCAAGGCAUGUAUUGAGGCAUUAUGGAACAUCUCGAUCGACCCAACUGCUUGCGAACAAAUGGCUAAUUUCAAUGUUAUACAACUCUGCCACAAAGCACUUUCUGAGACAUUUAAGACUAACACACCAGUCAUUGGCGCUAUCAUUGGAUUUCUAUCUGUGGUGACGAACAACGAACAGGCUCGACAAAUUACCAAAAAAGAAUGCGCAGAUGACUUAGCACAUGUUUUAGUCCAAGACCCAACACUAGCGCAACGACUUGAGAAGUUAAGAGCAAAAUUAGUUUGA